AAUUUUCUCAUAAAUGUGAUUUCAAUCUAAACAGAGCUAAAUCGAGUCUUUAUCCAUGUAGCUUUUUAGUUACAUUAUCAUUGUGUUAAUAUCUUCAUCUAGUAUCUUCACUUCCCUCUCUUUUUAUCAAACAAGUUUAUCCAAGUGAGACUUAUUUUGGUAUAAAAGUAAAGGUUUCCAAACAACUCAAGUUAAAUUCAUUUGAUUAUUUAAGACUCGUUUACAAGCCUCGAUUCAAAACUUUUUAGCUUUCAGAUUACAUUGUAUAUUAUUUUUUGCAACAAUGACUGAGUCAACUGUCGACCGAAUCAAUGGUAUUACUCCAAGUGCUUUGGAUCUCAUUGGUAACACUCCGUUAAUCGCUCUUGAUCGACUAUGGCCUGGACCAGGACGACUUUUGGCUAAAUGUGAGUUCCUCAAUCCUACUGCUAGUCUUAAAGAUCGUUCAUCAUAUUACAUGAUAGCCAAAGCCAAAGAAUCAGGCCAACUCAAGGAUGGUGAAUCAGUGAUAGAGGUAACCUCUGGUAAUCAAGGAGGAGGAAUAGCUUGUGUAACUGCAGUUAUGGGUCAUCCAUUCACGGUAACCAUGUCAAAGGGUAACAGUCCUCAAAGGGCAAUAAUGAUGAAUGCUUUGGGAGCCAAUGUGAUCCUUGUUGAUCAAGUAACGGGCAAACCUGGUAAUGUGACUGCUGAUGAUGUUGCUGCCGCUGAGGAGACCGCAAUGAAAAUUAGAGAAGAAACCAAUGCUUACUAUGUUGAUCAAUUCAACAAUCCUACAAAUUGUUUGGCUCAUUAUGAAACAACAGGACCAGAAAUUUGGAGACAAACAAAUGGACGAAUUGAUGCUUUCCUUGUUGGAUGUGGAACUGGAGGCUGUUUUGUUGGAACUUCCAAAUUUUUAAAAGAAAAGAAUCCAAAUGUUCGGUGUUUUGUGGUUGAACCAGAGGGUUGCCAACCCAUUGCUGGAUGCACCAUCACCAAGCCUCUUCAUUUGCUCCAAGGAUCAGGAUAUGGAUGUGUUCCUACUCUUUUUGAUAAAAAGGUUUACAAUGAUUCCAUCUCUGUAAGUGACGAAGAAGCAAUUGAAUAUCGAAAGCUUUUAGGCCAAAAAGAGGGACUUUUCUGUGGUUUUACAACAGGUGGUAAUAUCGCUGCAGCCAUAAAACUUUUGAAAUCAGGACAGUUACCAAAAGACGCUUGGGUAGUAACGAUUCUGUGUGACAGUGGUCUAAAAUAUCCAGAAUAAAUGAUAAAAUAAAAAAUUUCAAUUUUAAGUGUUACAAUGUUUUCAAUGUCAAAAUUCAAUAAAAGAUAUUAAUGUUAAACUU